AAUGCAGCUCAGAUGCACCUCGGCAGGAAGCAGGAAAUGUAGAUGUUUCGGUGCAGCAGGGAGGCUGACGGAGCGCCCCUCAGGUGGGAGCACUGCCAGGGCAGCAUGCGAAACCCCAGCUUUAUCACUCUGCUCUCUGCUCUGUCGCUGGCUGGAGGAUCUUUUGGAAAUGGCCCUGAAAAUGAUGGAUCAGGAGAUGGACCAUCGACAUUACCCACUGUUACAGUAACAUCUCAUCCUGCUGUGGGUUCUUCGACCGUGAAUGACCAUGAGACAGUACUUGUCGUGACAAGCGCUACUGAAAGCAGCUUUGAAACAGAAAGUACUUCAAGUAGUGAACCGAAUGCUGUGAACGAUGGGGACAGCCUAGAAGCAGCAGAACAGUCUAUCUUGAUAUAUGUUGUCCCUGUCGUGCUGCUGGUCCUGCUGAUUUUAUUGAUCACAUUUUUCGUAAUACAUCAUAAAAGGAAAAAGUCUAAGCAAGAUGAGCUGGGAAGUGAAAAUGUGAAAAGUCCUAUUUUUGAAGAAGACACGCCCUCUGUUAUGGAGAUAGAAAUGGAAGAGCUUGAUAAAUGGAUGAACAGCAUGAACAAAAAUGCUGACUGUGAAUGUUUGCCUACUGUAAGAGAAGAAGAAAAAGAAUCAAUUGCCAACCCAAGUGAUGGUGAAUCAUGAAGUCAGAACAGCAAAGAACUGGAUAAAGGGAAGCAGCACACAAGCUAACCAUCCCCCAGAUAUUGGAAGAACUGGAUUUAAAUAUGUCAUUGUCAUGGGAUUUAAAUAUAAUUCACCUCAAAAGGCCAGACAAGCAAAUGCUUUGGUUGUGUCCUGCUAUAUAUGGUCUUCAGAAAGGAAACAGGAAGGAAAAAGAAGAAAAGAAAAAGAGAAAAGCACAGUAGCAAGAUUAGAGACUGAUUUAAAUUCUUUCUGCAAUUACAUUCCUCACAAAUCAAGAGAAACCUCUUCCCUCCCCCCCAAGUUCUCAAAAUAGUUCAUGAUUCUAUCUCAUUCUGCAGUUUUGUAUUGUGCAGCACUUAAAACCACUUCUGUUCAAAGUUCGGCGGGUUUCUUUGUUUUGUUUUUUGAGGGUGUUUGUUUCCAUGUCCAUAAUUCUGGACAGCCCUGGCUUUGUGGGUGUGAAGCUCAUGCCUAUGCAAUGCUUAUUUUUCAAUUUGCUUUUUCUGAAUGGUGCACUGAUUUGCACAGAGCAUCUGCUGGGGAGGUACCAGGCUAGGACUGACAGACCACCUCUGAGGACAGAGAGAGAGCAGCUGAGAAGCCUCUCAAAGGAAUAGCCAGAAGUGACUGCAGCCCGGCAAGGGCAUGGACUCUGUCUGUAGUGUGUUUUUUGGUUUUCAAAUUAAAGGCUUCGGAGAAGUGAAAACUAUUAUUUUGAGAUUGCCUUUCAGUUCAUUAUCUCCAUAGAUGAGGGCCCGGGGCUAGCUCUCUCCAUGUAAGUCUCCUCCCUGCCGAGGGCUGUUCUCUAACCACCUACUUCAGGAAUAUUCAACUUGAAAACAUUUUUUUUUUUUAAAUAAGUGAGCUUGAAAAAUUGAACAGUUCAGUACUCACACCAAACACAGGUUUAGAUGAGUAUGUGUUAUGGGUGACUACUUCGUCAAGGUUUUCAGAUGCAGUACGUUUUCUGCUGCUUCUGUUGUUGAAUAUUGAGCUUGCAAUAUUUGAAAGACAUGGACUUCUAAGUGUGCCUGGUCACCUUUAAUUACACUGAAAAAAAAUCAGACUCCUGGGAUACCUCAGGGUGGGAAUAUAAAUGUUACAACUGUGUCCAUUGAUUUUCUAUAGCAAGUCUCUUAGAAUGUAGUUUAAAAAUGUAACACACAUAAAAGCAGAUCCAUGUCCGUGCAAAGCUUCCUUUGCCUUAUUUAAAAAAGCAAAUUCACAUCCUACCAUAUCUUAUAUCCUACCCUAUCAUAUUCUACCUAUCCUCAUCUUCUAUUUAAAUAUAGAGUGCCUUCCCACUCAAUAUAUGUUUAAUAUGAUCAGUUUUAGUUUGCCUGCAAAUAACUCACUAAUAAGUUAUCAUGCAUAUCUUGGUUAAAGAGAGAAAACAAAUGCCCCAAGCCUCUGGGAUGGCUUCUAAGUGUCACUCACAGCUGACAAAUACAGAGGAUGGUUCACCUUUGUGAAUAAUAAAGGAUGUGUCACAAUAUAGAAGGAAAGAAUGUUUACAGCUAACAACAUUCAUUCAUUAUUGAAUAUGACUUGAUCAGUAAUUUCCUCAAAGAAUAAAAGACUUCACUUCAUCAUUGUCCAAAACUAUU